AUGGAUCACAGCAAAUUCGACACCAACACGUUCAUAAAAAUAUUCGAGAAAGACAUAAAAUUUUACGUAGUACCUAAUGACUUUCCAAUAAUCGAAGACGGAAUAAUUGGACUACCAUGUCUAAAAGAGUUUCAAUUCGAACUUUCCAACGAUAAAUUAAAAUUAGAUAAUCACACUAUACUGUUACAGAAUAACCCAAGUGUCCAACCAAGCCAAACGCUUGAACGAACUGUAUACCUGGAGAUUAAACCGACACGAGUAUGCUUUAUCAAUGGUGGUAAGUCCACACUACAAAUUUCUAACCAUAUUGAACAAUCCAAUAAAUAUGAACAAAUCGCGACAUUCAAAGAAUUAAACGAUACCAUAAAUCUUGAAAAAGAAUUUACCGAAUGGGAACAGUCGGACGAAAUACCGAAACGAUUAAAAAUACCCAACAGAAAGAACUUCUUUCAACUAACAAAAGGAGAAAUGGAAAGUUACGACAAACUCAAAUGGUUACAAAAACUUCACGGAAUCAUUCAAACCACAGACAAUAUUGGAAUGGAGACGAUAACUUUACUGAAAUAG